AUGAAAAGACACUUACGUAUCUUUGUGCGAGACAAUGUACCCUUAGGGAAGUCAAUUUCUAAAUUCAACCGACGGUAUUACCCCACCAACAAAGACAUUAGGAACCACAUCUAUAGAGCACUUCAAAUAAGUCAGUUUUCAACUGAAGAUCAGGAAAAUGUUGUACACAUGGUGGAUGAUUGGAGGGCAGCAAAACCUGAUGAUCAUUUUUAUUUGAGACCAAAUUUUGCAGAGGAAGAAGAAUCUUCUGAAACAUCCACAGGGCCUUUUUUAUUUGUUCAUCAAGCAGAGUGGCAACAGAAGCUGUUACAGAAAUAUGGCAAUGAAAUCUGUCUUCUUGAUGCUACCUACAACACCUCAAAGUAUGACGUCCCCCUGUUUUUUAUUUGUGUGAACACAAAUGUAGGCUUCUCUAUUGUUGCGUCAUUUGUGGUCGCAAAUGAAAAUACAGGGCUCAUCGAAGAAGGCCUGCAGAUCAUAAAGGAAUGGAAUCCAGACUGGAGACCAGAAUAUUUUAUGACAGAUUUCGACGAAAGAGAGAUUUCUGCUAUUGAGAACACAUUUGAAGGAUGUCAAAGUUUGCUAUGUGACUUCCACAGGGAGCAAGCCUGGACUAGGUGGACAAAAGAUGGCAAACAUGGGCUUUAUACUGCUCAAAAUGAAGUGCUUGAAAUGCUUAGAAGAAUAGCAAAUUCUGCAACAGAAGAGAAAUACAAGGCAAAUGUAGAGGAUUUAAAGAAAUCUGCUCUGUGGAAAAAAAAUACCCAAUUACAAAGGUGGUUUGAAGGGAGAUGGCUAAGCAAUGCAAAGAGAUGGGUGCGCUGCUUUCGCAAUUCUUUAGUCAAUAUUAGAGUUUCCACUACUAACGGCUUAGAAAGGCAGCAUCACGAGUUAAAGAAAACAUACUUGGCCAAGCACAUAGAUGGGACUCUAUCCUCUACAUUGUCUGUGCUUAUUUCCAAUUUUUUGCCAGAAUCAUACAAAAGGUACAUUCAGUACAAUAUCGAGAGUAUGAAUGAGUAUAAAAGGUAUUCACCACAGGUUCCGGAAUUCUUGACCAACCGACCUAGAUUUUUCGUGGAACACCUUGUCAAGAGAAUUCCACCAAAGUGCCCCUAUUUGCCUGAAGCCGCGAUCACAUCUCUUCCUAAUGGAGAAUUUCAGGUUACUAGUACAGAUGGGGAGAACAGUUACACUGUCAAUCUGGAUAACCCUAUGCCUAGUUGUUCUUGUUUGGACUGGAAAAAGUUCCAUCUGCCAUGCAAGCAUAUGCUGAACAUUUUCUUUCAUUACCCUGGAUAUAGUUGGGAAUUUCUACAGCCAGAAUACACAGACUGUCCCCAUUUUAAUUUGGACAGAGACAUCCUUCAGAAAGCCCAGUUUUCAGAGGUUUUUGAUUGCAGAACAGAAGGAGAGCAAAGCACCAGUGAUGAUAAUACAACUGUUACUGUUGACUCAGACAUGGUUGAAGCUGAGAAUACAACUCCAAGAAGUUCCAAAUUUAAUUUAAAACUUCAAUGCAUACAAUUGCUGAGAAGCUUAUCAUCCUCUAUUUAUAUUGUUCCUGAUCAAGAGAAACUUUUACCAGUUCAGGAAACUCUUCAGGAAAGCCUGUGCUUGCUUGAGGCAUUAAUACCCAAGGAGAGAGGCCUUCCAUUGAGAACAUCAAAGUCAAGACUUAAAAGACUGUACAGAACAAGAUAUAGAUCCCUUCCUCUGAGGAGGAAAAGAAGGAAGCAGAAUAGGCAAGAAGGGAUAAAAAGUACACCAGGACCAAAGAAACCCAGAAAGUCAAGAGUGAGAACAGUGAAGGUGGAAAGAUCUGAAAAACCACACUCUGAUGAGAGCAAAGUUGAAGAGGAAGUGAAAACCAUAGAAGAUAAUGAUCCAUGUGUGUUGGACACUGGUCUAAGAAGUAUUCUGAAGGAAGGGGGAAGAAAUUCAACAACAAAGAAAAGAGUACAUUUCUCUGAAUUGUGUUCUUCAUACCAAUGUAACAAGGAUGAUGCUUUGAAAGAAGUGACAAAAAUUUGGAGUCUGGAAAGAGGUGUGGGUUACUUUGUGGCUAAAGUUGGUGAUUUCAAUGUUACAGACACUGACAUUCGCUCUCUGCAUGGCACUAGAUGGCUCACUGAUCAGGUCCGUCUUUAUAUUUUAAAACACUUUUUAAAUGGUUUCCAAUAUUCUAAUUAUGUGAGAUACACUAGCAGUUCUAUAUUAACACAAAAGAAAACCAUAGUGCUGUCACAUUGA